GUUGCUUGGUAACCACAUGUAAACAAGGCGCAGCAUGGAGGGGACAGAGAAGGCUCGGGAGCUGGGAACAUCUCUUUUUCCUAGAGUGAUGAAAGCAGUAAGAAGAGAAGGACAAUUGCCAAGUGCAGAACAGAAGGCAAACCAGAAUGUGACAGGGAGCAUGGAUCCAUCUUUGGGAAUCUCGGUCUCUCUUCAAACUGAAACAAGCUGGUUAAAUGAGCACAACCUUAACAAACGAAAUUCUGUAUGUUCAGAGGCUCGAACCCCACAAAGUGCUAGUCCCACUGGAGAAAAGCUACCUGAUCUUAUUUACAAGGAAGAAGAUUUAUACUCUUCAUUAUCUGAAGACCUGAGUGACCUUAGCGUUCUGUGUGACAUGGAGUUCAGUUUUGAGUACAAGACAUGCUUUGAGAAACAUUUGAAUAUGUUGCCUAGUGUUGGACCUCCGACUAUACUGGCAUACAAACGAGAGUCUUCUGAAAAUGAUCGUAUUCUGGCUAUGAUGAAGAUUCUAAAGGAGAGGUCUGGGGAAGAACUGUGCAAAUUUUGCAGAAAUCCAUUGAAGCCAUUUCCUGUAGAAUCUACCCUUUACCAGGACUUCUCCCAAGAGGUCUUUUGCUGCCGACAGUUUAGGGACAUGAUCCAGUAUCUUUUGAAACAACAAAACUAUGUUCUACAGAACAAAGAAAUUGAGCGAAUUUCAGUAUCACCCCAUGGGCCUUAUGGAAGUGAGAUUGAGAGACAAAAAGCAAAGGAAAAAACUGCACUUAGGCUUAGGGAAAGGCAUAUGGCAAAAGUCUUUGAAUCAGUGGUGACUGAGCCAACCACUUUUCUUGAAUUUGGAAAGCCAAUGAAAACCAUUUCCUACCAGCUUUCUAAUGCCCCUCCAGUCGGAGACAAUUGGACCAUUGUCCCUGAAGAAGCAGAUUCCAUGACAAGUACAGACUCAGCAGAAAAUGAGCUUUCCCUCUGUGACUUUACAAGUGAAAUGAUUAUUCCAGAGAGAUUUGUAGAAAAAUAUUACAGAACAGGAAGUAAAUUCCUCACAAUGUUUCCAGAUGGGACUGCACAGAUCUUUUAUCCAUCUGGUAACAUCGCCAUUAUAGUCAUUCCAAGUAAUGUAAAGGAAGCUAUCUGCAUUGUUCAAGAGGAUAAAGACCAUAAUGCUGAAAUUCUGGCAAUAUUUGGCUCUUCUGGCAAAUCUACAUGUUAUCAUCCUAAUGGGAUGGUAUGGAUUAAUAUAAAUCCAGUGGGAGGACAGUAUUUGGACAGUGCAGGCAGGAGAGUCAGAAGAUGGAACUGGAAAAGCAGCGAUUCCAGGCAACCCUGUGCUCAGUUCAAGCCAAUCUUCAUAUCUUUGAAUCUUCGAGUAGGUGUUCGAAUAAUUGCACAAGACAAGAUCUAUGUAUCUUUUCUGGCUAUGGGGAAGCAAGCCAAAUUCAGCGUUGGAAGAAAAAAGCUAAAAAAGUCACAGGUGGAAGACAUUGAAAUGGAUAAACAAAGCAUAACAACAUCGCAUUCUACAGCAGAAGAUGAACUUAUUCUCUUUGCAAUCAAAAUCAAGUUCCUCAGCGUACUGAAUAAAUGUUAUGAGUGUUUGCAUUCUCCAUCGAAGAAACAAUGGGACAAGGUCAAGCCUCCUUCCUUUCUGGUGGCUCAGGCACAGAAACUCAUCUACCUCUGUAGUGCUUGUGACAUUAGUACAGACGUCAGCGCCUCAGUCCAAGAUACCCUCCGCAAUUACGUGACUUGUGACCUCCUAACUUAGAACAUGAUUAGCCUUCAUUCCAUAACGUCUUCCUAUAAUUUAUGUUGACCUUUUAAUUUUUCAUGAAAUAAAUCCGUGUCCUUUUCCCAGAUAUAUCACUUACUCACUAAUGAUAAAAAUGUAAUUUAAAGCAUAA